AUGGAAGGAAACAACUUCAGCAAACUAGUUACUGUCCCGGUUGCGUUGAAGGGUGGUUCAAACUACCUCUUGUGGUCAAGAUUGGUGAAGACUGCCAUUGGAAGGCUAGGGCUGUGGAGCCACAUCACUGAUGAUGGUCCGAAGCCAGUGGCCAAAGAAACUGGAGAAGGUGAAGAGGAAAAGACUCUCACCAAAGCUGAAGCCAAGAAGUGGACUCCCAAACACUUGUGGGAGACCCUCUCAAAGACGUUUGAAAACGUCUCCAACAUCAGCCGUGUGUUUGAGCUGAAGAGAGUCAUUAACUCCAUGAAGCAAUAUGGAGGAGAGCUCACCAAACACAUGGGAAAGUUUGGAUCAUUAUGGUCUGAACUUGAAAGUCUAAGACCUAACACCACUGAUCAAGCAGCUCUUAUGGAAAGAAGAGAACAAGAUCAAGUGUUUGGGUUGUUGAUGACAUUGGAUCCUUGCUACAAGGAUGUCAUCAAACACAUUUUGAGAUCGCCUAACCUACCAUCCAUGGAGGAAGUAUGCACGCAACUUCAGAAGGAGGAGGGAUCUCUUGGCCUGUUUGGAGGCAAGGGUGAGCUUACUAUGGCUCAUCAAGCUGAAGGAAUGCAAGCAAACAAAGCUGCAUACAGAGGCUCAGGAAGAAAGUAUGAAAAGUAUGAGGGAAGCUGUGAGCAUUGCAAGAGGACCGGUCACAAGAAGAGUGAGUGUUGGAUCCUACAUCCUCACCUCAGGCCACGUGGGGUCAACAGGGAUAGGGAAGCAAAGGCUCAUCUUUCUGCUGAAGCAAAUGGUGCUGGUUCAUCCGGAGCUAGCUCAGGCACUAAGGUGGGUGAAAGUGAAGGUAGAGCCUUGGGGUCUCAUCAACCGAUUGGAAAGGGUAUGGAUCAGGAGGUGUUUAAGAGAGCUGACCUUGAAGCCUUCUUCAAAGCUCUCAAGGAGUCUGGUAACACCCUCGGAAACACCCUUGGAUACUCAUAUACUGCUCAUACAUUACCUAGUAAUACUGAUAAAUUACUAGACAUUUUUAAAAGCUCUUACACUACUGCUAGUAAUCCUAGUAAUACUGAUAAGUUGCUAGACAUUUUUAAAAGCGCCUACACUACUGCUAGUGAGCCUAGUAUAACUAGUAAGAUGUUAGGAUUACUAGGAAACCUGAUAAAACAAAAUGAACCAUCAAGGACUGAAAUUACUAGAAACAUGCAUAAACCUUUGAUCAUUGAUUCUGGUGCAUCUCAUCAUAUGAUUAGGGAUAAUAACCGGAUUAAAGACAUAGAACCGGCUCAUGGACAUGUUAUGAUUGCUAAUGGAGAUAGAAUUCCUAUUAGAGGAUUUGGUAAACUAAAACUGUUUGAUAAGGAUUCAAAAGCAUUUUUCAUGCCUGAGUUUACUUCUAAUCUUUUAUCUGUCAAAAAGUCAGAUAAUGGUGGAGAAUACAUAGGCCAUGCAUUCAAAGAUCACCUAGCUAAACAUGGGAUUCUACAUCAGACUAGCUGUCCUUACAUUCCACAACAGAAUGGAGUUGCUGAAAGGUAG